AUGACCCCUGGGGACAGAAGGCCGUGGCUGCCUGUAGCUCUGCUCCUUUUGCAGGUCCCAGGCUGUUGGUGUCUGAGUGGCCCCACCUCCGUGACGGGCACCGUGGGUGGAUCCCUGAGCGUGCAGUGUCAGUACGAGGAGAAAUUCAGAGAGAUUGCCAAAUACUGGUGCAAGAGCCCAUGUUUGGGGGAUAUUGUGAAGAUUGAAAAGUCAGAUAAAGAAGUAAGGAAUGGCCGGGUGUCCAUCAGGAACCAUCCGGCAAACCUCACCUUCACAGUGACCUUGGAGAACCUCACAGAAGGUGAUGCAGGAACAUACCGGUGUGGGAUCGAUACAUCAUGGCUCCCCGGAUAUAUGAUCGACCUCACAUUCCGUGUUGUGGUGUCUGUGACCCCAGGUGAGCUGUGGACGCCCCUCCCCCAGUGCCAGCACCAGGGCUGCCUGAGACUGGGGCUGAUCACCCCCACCCCGGCAGGAAAGUGGUGGGGUGUGGGUAAACAAGGUGCAGGCUGGCUGAGCCCGGAGCCCUUGCUCUUUCCACACACUCUCACGUGCCCCGGUGAGCAGGACGACUCUGCCUCUGAAAUCGCCCUCCUGGCCAGGGUGCACCUGGAGAAGGGGCCAGGGGAGGGCCUGAGUGCCAGUCAGACUGGGUGUGGCUGUGGGGGGAUGUGGAGCCAGGACAUCUGUCCAGAUGGCCUGAGUGACCAGGACCAGCCUCAGGACAUGGGCACAAAGACAGGAGGAUUGUGGAGGGAACCAGGGCGUCUCCCUGAGGAUGUGGCUCACUGCCUGUCACCGUGGCCCCCACAGUUCCCUGUUCAGCAGGAUCUACUUCUGGCUCCUGGUCUUCCUGGAGGUGCCCCUGCUCCUGAGCACGCUCAGUGCUGUCCUCUGAGUGAACAGGCCUCAGAGGGGCUCUGGGGACAGGUGACAUCAACCCAAUAA